UAACCAUAAUGUGUAUACAGGUUUUAUCCUCCCAAAGCCUGGAUCAAAUCUGUGAGAAAAUAAACAAGAUAAGUUUGUGUUUGACUCUAGGGCAAAGGUCCACAAAAUGAAUUGGAAGAAGGGACUGGGGCUAAUUGUUGAAAAAUGUAUGCAACAUACCCUCAAGACACCAACAAGUGCCUGAAUGAAAAAAUCAAAAGCAGGAGGCAGCAAGCACAGGAAGGCUGCACCCAACAAGUCACCAGAUGCCUGCCUGCUUGUACUGGACUUUGACCACACAGUGGUUGAUAAAAAUACAGAUACCUUUGUAUGGAAACUAGGAGAAAAUGGGAAAAUUCCAGACUCAAUCAGCAGUGCACAUGGUGAAAAACUUUGGACUCACCUGAUGCAGGAUGUCUUCGACUACUUACACCAACAAGGGUGCACACCAAAACAGAUCCUUGACUGUUUGGCCUCCAUGAAGCUGGCACCAGGUAUGGACACGUUAUUGUAUAAUGUUCCAGAAAACUAUGAUAUCAUCAUUAUCUCGGAUUCCAACGCUGUGUUUAUCCAGCACAUCCUGGAGACGCAUGGAGUGUUUGAUCGGAUCGCGCACAUCUUCACUAAUCCUGCCAACUUCGACGAGGAUGGACGCCUGGUGGUGACGCCGUUUACCGAGCAGACGGCGUGUGACAUCUGCGAGAAGAAUCUCUGCAAGGGCGACGCGCUCAAGAUGCACGUGGAUCGCAUGGCAGGGACGGGCAGGAAGAAAUAUGGGCGUGUGGUUUAUGUGGGGGACGGGCUGAAUGACCUCUGUCCGUGCUUCAAGCUGGGCAAGAACGACGCAAUCUUCCCCAGGUCUGGUUUCAGACUAGAGGAAGAGAUUAAGAAGAUUCAACGGAAAAAGAAAGAGGAAAUCCAAGCCGAAGUUGUGGCGUGGCAGGAUGCCUCUACCAUCCUCGAAUAUCUGUGAUACUGACCAUCGAUAGCGCUCUAACACUGCCAUUUUGUUUACUUUGAAUACGUAUGGUGCCCACAUAUGCUGAAAAAUCAAUUUCACCAUCCAGCGAUCUUCAAAAAUUGACUGCGGAUUGCAGAGCGCUAUCGCUUUGCUGCCCUUGUACAUGAAGGAACUCGGUUCAGCAGCAUGUUGCUGUUUCUGCGGUGGAAUUUUCAGUCUCAUGUGACGGUGAUAUUCCCAGUUGAAAUAAAGCACGAAUAUGUCGA